AAAUUUAAUUAGAAUUAUCCUAAAUUAUGCAGAAACUUGUACUUUUUACACUCGUAGCUAUUACUUGCCAGCAAACCCAUGCCGAAUUCACGGCCGCCGACUGUCGGGAGCUGGGCUUCAUUAAGGCCCAGUUAAUGUGCUCCAGUUGCGACAAACUGGAUGACUUUGGCCUGGAGACCCUCAAGACCCCGUGCAAGCAGUGCUGCACUCUGGACCAGCAGCCGGCGGCACAGCGCACCUAUGCCAAGGCCAUUCUGGAGGUGUGCACCUGCAAGUUCCGUGCCUAUCCCCAGAUACAGGCCUUCAUCCAGAGCGGACGACCCGCCAAGUUCCCCAAUCUCCAGAUCAAGUAUGUCCGUGGGCUGGAUCCCGUGGUGAAGCUGCUCGAUGACGCUGGCAAGGUUCAGGAGACACUGUCCAUAACCAAGUGGAACACGGACACCGUGGAGGAGUUCUUUGAGACGCAUCUGGCCAAGGAUGGCAAGGGCAAGAGCUCCUACAGUGUAGUCGAGGAGGCAGUCGACGACGACGACGACGAUGAUUAUCUGCUUACGAAUAAAGUUUGAAAUCUUGAUUCCAAUAAAAUACAUUCCACAGUUUUAGAGUGACUGAGGAUGGUACAAGAGAA